GAGCAAUUUAAUACAGGAAAUUCGAAUCAAAAUAUGAGUCAUAUGGAUGGAUUCGUAAACCAUACUGUCAUACUUCCAAGAAUAAAGAUUCUGCUCAUGCACACAGUCUUAGAUUUAUACUGAGAUUAAAUGAAAAGAUAUUAUGAUACCUGAGAAUUUCAAGGUUUCUUCUAAAUACUAAUUAAUCUUUAGUGAAAUUCUUAGUCCAAAUUGCUUGGGAAGCUCUUUCUGAAGCCCCUAGCGCCCAGGGAUUUAUACAAGUAAAGAUAUAGAGCAUAUACAGGACGAAUUCCUUAUUUAGACUUAAGAAAUUAUGAUUAGUAUGUUACUUAUCCAAAAUAGAAGAUGUGCUCAUGACUCUCUGUGUAGUAUGUAUGGAUACCAUCAGAAAUGUUGCUCUAGUAAUUUUAAUGAUUCAAGGACAACCUUGGGCUCUCUAAUGAAUCUUGCUUUGUUCUGUUCCUUAAGAUUUUAUACAGAAUUUUUUGAUAAUGCUUUCUUAAGGAUAGCUGCUAAGAUGCUCUACUUUUCUGCCUCAAAUCAUUUUCUAUGCUAAUACAAAUGAUUUCUUUUUAGAAGAUGUUUUAGGAACAUUCAUGAUAGAACUGGAGUAUAGAGCAUUGGUUAUCGAGCUCUCUGGGUAUAAAAUCAUGUUGAUAAUAAAAAAUUGGCUUUGGAUUUCAUCUCCCAAAUUUUCUUCCAAAUAUUUUGAGUAGGACAUUACAACAUCAAUCUAAUUUCUGGACUCACAAUUUGUCAUUAAUUCUACAUAAUCUCUUUUUAUGGGCUCCAUCAUUAACUUAGAUGUUUCAAAAAAUGAAAACCCCCUAAGGCUGCUAACUGAUUGACAGGUCAAGAAGAGAUAGUGAGACAUGGAGCUUGGAAGCAUAAUAUUAAAAGUAUCAAACCAGAUCUUAUUAAAAUCAUUAACUUCGUAGUAGAAAGUAAAGAUACAUCCAAGAGGUCUUACUACGCUUACAAAGAUCAGUUGAAAGAGUGCCUGAUAACCUAUUCAGGCUGCUGUUAAUAAGCUAUUGUAAACCUUUGAGUAUUAAUC